AUGGUGGCCACGAGCGUGGCCAACCUGGCCGCGCUGCCCCUUCCCACCCUGAUCGGGGGCAUCCUGGUCGUGGCUCUGGCUGCCGCGGUUUUCGUGAGGGCUACCGCAAACCUGCGCCGCGGGAACUCCCCCCCCGUGGAGGAGGGCGUGCCCUUUGUCGGUGGCCUGCUCAAGUUCAGCAAGGGCCCCUGGCACCUGAUGAAGAGCAUGCACUCCAAGUAUGGCGAGGUGUUCACCGUCCCCCUGGCGCACAAGCGCAUGACCUUCCUGCUGGGCCCCCACGCCUCGCCCCACUUCUUCAACGCCACAGACGAGCGCAUGAGCCAGACGGAGGUGUACAGCUUCAAUGUCCCCACCUUUGGCGAGGGCGUGGUGUUCGAUGUGGACCAGCGCGUGCGCUCCGAGCAGUUCCGCUUCGUGGCCGAUGCGCUGCGCAGCUCCAAGCUGAAGACCUACGUCCCCGCCUUCCGGCAGGAGGCGGAGGACUUCUUCGCCGCCUGGGGCGACACCGGCGUGGUCAACCUGGCCGAGGUGUUCGGGGAGCUCAUCAUCCUCACCGCCUCCCGCACCCUGAUGGGGCGGGAAGUGCGCGAGUCCAUGUUCAAGCGCGUGGCCGACCUCUUCCACGACCUGGACGACGGCAUGCGGCCCCUCUCCGUCCUCUUCCCCUACCUGCCCACCGCCUACCACCGCAAGCGCGACGCGGCGCGCGCCGCGCUCUCCGACAUCUUCAAGUCCAUCAUCGCCGCGCGCAGGGCCAGCGGCGUCUCCGAGGACGACGUCCUCCAGGCCUUGAUUGACUCCCGGUACAAGAAGGUGUACGACGGGCGUGCGACGACGGAUCAGGAGAUCGUGGGCCUGCUCAUCGCCCUCCUGUUUGCGGGGCAGCACACCUCCUCCAUCACAUCCACCUGGACGGGGUUGUACAUGAUGGCGGGCGACCAGAAGUACUACAAGGCGGCGGAGGAGGAGCAGCGGCGUGUGAUCGCGGAGCACGGCACCGACAUCACCUUUGACGUGCUGAACGAGCUGGACACCCUGCACAACUGCAUCCAGGAGGCACUGCGCCUGCAGCCGCCCCUGGUCCUGCUCAUGCGCUACGCCAAGGAGCCGUUCGAGGUGACCACCUCCGACGGCCGCUCCUACGUCGUGCCAAAGGGGGACAUUGUGGCCACCUCCCCUAGCUUCAGCCACCGUCUGAAGCACGUGUUCAAGGACGCCGACAGCUUCCAACCAGAGCGAUUCAGAGCGCCGCGCGAGGAGGACAAGGCCGCCCCCUUCUCCUACAUAGGGUUCGGCGGGGGCAGGCAUGGCUGCAUGGGCUCCCAGUUCGCUUACCUCCAGAUCAAGACCAUCUGGUCCGUCCUGCUGCGGAACUUCACCUUUGAGCUGGUGGACGAGUUCCCGGAGCCCGACUGGGACUCCAUGGUCAUCGGCCCCAAGCCCACCAGGGUGCGAUACACGCGCAGGAGAUUGUAG